AUGCAGCUUUACAACAGCCAAAACAGAGACCUUCUGCGAGUCAACCUCCGUUCAAAUGUCGACAACAGUCUCCUCUUCUCUGCACCAAUCCACGCCAGCAUUGUGGCGGCUCGACCCAGCCGUCAUCGCAGUGGGGACGAGGUGGGAGAAGGAGGAGAGGGGGCUGGAGGGGGACGGUUGCAAUUGCCCAAUCAGUGGGAGGGGCAGAAAACCUCCUCCACACAUGUUGCAGUUGAAGGAUUGCACCACAUUUCAUCCAGAUUUUGGCCCAAUCCGGAAGUGAACAGUGGAACUCAUGAGGUUGAUGAGGACGACAGUCAUACUGGAGGUGGCGGUGGCAACUCGAGGAACGACCAAUUGGACAAUAUUUCUGAGGCCUCAGCGGCGGCGACUUCUCAGUGGAAACGUGUUGAAGGUCGUGGGUGGAAUCAUCUUUCUGAGCACUUUGAAACUCAACAGAAACCGUCACCCUACGACCCAAAACUUGUGGAGUUAUUCGGCUCUCCAGCGCUCAAAGACGCUCCGGGAAUGCGUUCCACAUCAUCCUAUCAACGUCUCUCCUACCCUGACUCUGUCGACAAGGCAUUGGCAAAGAAGGCGACCGAGGAAAGGGACGUUUUUGUCGACCGUCCCAAUGCGGACAGCGGUCUUAACGAGGCUGCAAUCAAGUUGUCUGGAGGAAGUGAGGGCGGUGAGAAGGGUGGCAUUGAUCCCAUCGGUGGGGAGAGUGGUCAUCGGCCAGCCCUGGAACUUAUAAUGUACAUCCUUCUCGGUCUCUUCAUUCUCAUUGCACUGAUUUUUGCUGUCAACUGCGGUGCAAUGGUGGCGCGAUACCGGUGGGAGCACGCAAGAGGCGCCAAAGAGAACCUGCGACUGCAGCACCUCUCGGAGUUGGCCAUGAGUAAUGCAAACACUGAUGCUGCUGGUAUGGGCGAGUGUUCCAGCAGCUCGACGGCAGAUCUGCAAUCUCAGGCGGACCAAACUGACACCAUACAGGAUAGACUAAGUGGUGAACGAGAGACGGUUUCGCAUUACGGUUGUAUCACUGCAUUCGCUACACUUCGCCGCAAGUUUGGACUAGUGGUUAUGAAGCGCGUAAACCUAGAAGUUACUUACCUAUCAGCGGACUCAGAAGCGGAGGGCUUAGUGGCAACGACGGUGGUUGCACCCCUACCCCAAGCACUUAUCAUUGCACAGUUUGCAUUGUGUCUCUGGGAAAUGAUUUGUUUCAACUUGAAGAUGGCAAGGGGAUUACAGAGCCUUGAAAUGAAGUGGACUCUCGAUGUGGUGAAUACCGUAUUGCGUCCUGGACCCUCUUUAAGGAAGGAGACACAUGUGGUAAUCUGUACCUUAACUGCAUUCCAGAGUCUGUCACAGCAGCGCAUGAACCGUGACACCGACUGGAUUUGGCUAGGUCGUGACGCGCUGGCAGGCAGUCAACACGACCACGACAACAAUAAGAGUGACAGUAACAACAAUUUGAGUGGACCUCGUCUCACCACCGCGACAACUUCGCUUGAACUGUCGAAAUAUCCGAGUCUUCUGAGACCUCCUGUCAACCCUAACAUACCGCUACCGACUAAUGCCUCGGUUUGUGAUAGCAGCAACAACAAUAGCACCAAUUCGAGAAUUGUAGCUACUCCAACGACUCAGCAGAAACUGUCACUCACCAGCAGUUAUCAUGCCGGCAGUCCACGAGCGCCAACGACCCAGAAGACCUCGGUUUCUGCCUGUGCAACGUGUCAUUAUGAGGGUGAAGAAUGUAGUAUUCGCAUUCUAACUAACACAGUAGAACCGGAGAAGUCGAAAGUGUCAGCCUCACGACGCGGCGUUCCUAGUGCUGUGACCGCUGGUCAGCACUUACAAUCGAACAGUGCUGGUCCACGACAAAGCAGCCAGCUCAAUCAAAGUCAACAUCACCACCACCACCACCGAGGACACCAUCAAGGUGAGCGGAAAUCCCAUCAUCCACACAUUGACCAGCGCCGCCGUUCUGCGUUCACAUUUGGCCAAUCUCUGAUCCUGGACCACCAAAAUCCUGACUGUCAGCUUUCUGCUGACUGCAGCUUUGGUCACAACCACCUCCAGACCCAGCGGUGCUACUGCAGUCGAGGGUUUGUAUCACCGUGGCGAUACCGAGAGCCUCCACAAUCAUCUGAACCAUCCAGACCCGAGGGGGAUGAUGAGAGCGGCACGAUGCCGGCAAUUCUAAGCCUCGAGGGCUAUCGAACUCUGCCCAGUCACAUUCCAGCUUGGCAGGAUGGGAGUGACUAUGGCACACCACCCUGUCCACCUGUGAGAACCUCGUCGAAGUUGAAACAACCGCCACUACCGCCGCUAUUGAUCUCUUACUAUGGCGAGCAGAAUAACCCCUCUGAGACGCCCCGACCUACUAGCUUCCCGAAUGAAAGCAUGGCACAACAGGCGCCUCUGCUUGCCACCUCCGUAACCAACGAAGUCUACUCCCUCCUUGCCGGUAAUGGUGGUGGUGACGCUGUUGAUGAAACCGAUGAGGCUACCUUGACUCGACAACCCUCCGCCCGCUCCUGCAAUCGGGUGCAGACCACUGCCACUGCCAAUACAGAACUACCUCGUCGAACACGCAGCUAUACACGGAUCGACAUUGGUGAUCAGACCACCGCCACAACGAUGACGCCAGGAAGCCGUCGCAGUUCUACCCGGGGUCCCCUGGAGACGCAAUCGGUUUCUGCAGGGGGUUAUUGCCAGCGGACCACCUACGCAAACCGUGGACCCACCCCGCUAACUCCCACAGGCAUUCGGUCGACCAUUUCCGAAUCCGUUAGUUAA